GAUCGACCGACUAUUGCAUCAUCUUUAGUCGGUGGAGCGAUUGCCGGAGCUGUGGCCAAGACCACCAUAGCCCCUCUCGAUCGGACAAAGAUCUACUUUCAAGUGUCGACAACUCGGGGAUACUCGUUCAAAUCUGCCUUGAAAUUCGUCAUUCUAACAUAUCGUGAACACGGAUUUUUCGCUUUAUUCCGCGGUAACUCUGCCACUAUGGUUCGCGUCAUGCCUUAUGCUGCAAUACAGUUUGCUGCUUUUGAGCAGUAUCGACAUUGGCUGCAUGUGGAUGAGAACGGCAAAAGAACUCCCGGACGUCGUUGUGUUGUUGGCUCAAUGGCAGGUGCUACAGCGGUUUUCUUUACAUAUCCAUUGGACACCGCAAAGGCUCGGUUAUCAAUAUCAACUAAAAAGGAGUACGCUACAUUGGCUUCGGUAAUUCCUUCUCCAAUUCUGUGCGUGGUAGUUCAGAAUAGAUUCUCAUAA